AUGACGUCCAAUAUUCGCCUCACCUUCUCCGUGGAACGCUCACCGGAGGAGUCCAAGCCGAGUACGAAACGAAAGCUAGACGACUUUUAUAUCUCCGGCAUCAGCAACGCCGGGCGGCCUCGAGACGUUUCUGCGAGCGGCGGCCUGCUCGCGCGUCGAAAUCGAGCUCCGAUGCAUGUCGACACCGGCGCGCGAGUGGCGUCUCUCCCGCCGCCUGAGGUUUCCCCGUUAGACGUCAAGAGCACGACGAGAUCUUCGUCUCUGCCGCCGUUUGAGUCAACCCCGCCGGGCCCGUCUGUUCCGCAGUCAAAACUCGCCGUUUCCACAGAGAAGGCGGGUGGAGUCGAUGCGGAGAGAGCUAGGUGUGAACACGCAGCUGUUAAAGUUGAAGCCAGAUUGGUAUCUCAAGGCUCCGGGCCAGCAGGCGCUGCUUCGCAGGCCAACACGGUCGAGGACUUCCACGGCAUGCUGGUGAACGAUGCGCCGCGUGUUCAUCAGUCUCAGCGGUCGUAUGCAAACCACUUAGCGGACGAAAACAAAAGUCAAGCUUCGGCAUCGCGCGUCAAAGAGGGCCCGCGUCUCAAAACAGGAAUCGAGCGCAACGAGCGUGCGGCGUUCCAAGCGACAGAAGCACCACGCUUUCCGACCCCCCUGGCAGGCGAAACCGACAGUCUGGAAUGGAUGAAGACGAAAAUGAUGGGCGCGUUCGUCGAGGCUGGCGUUCCAACUGACCUCGCGGGCGGUGGCAUGGCGGCCAAGAUUGCGCACGCCGUGGCGGGCGUGUUGGCGAACGCGGUGCGGUGCAGCCAGGACGCCGACGCGCUGGCCGCGCGCGAGGUGAGUCUGCCGUCUGCGGAGAGGAGCUGUCAGCUGCGAGAGUCGAUUGCGGAGCGGGCGCGCCUCAGCGACAGGUUCGAGAGCUUGCGGAAGCGGGCGACGCGGCACGAGCUCGAGAGCAAGCUCGAGCGGGUCGAGGCCAAGCUGGACAAGUUGCGGGCGCCGCACGCGAGGCUCGAGGCGGCGGAGGCGUCGGUUGCCGAGGUGCGGGCUCGCAUGGCGCUCGUGGAUGCCAACGUCGAGGACGCCAAGGAGCGGUUUGAGGACGAGCUAAAGCGGGUCAAGGCGGCGCGCAGGGCGUUCGAGCGCGACAUCGAGCAGCAUGACGAAGCGCGGAAACGCGACCUGGACGACCUAAAGCGCGCGGUCGACGGUCUGAAGGACAAGAGCAACGAGAUGGAGGACCGGCUCGAGGACGUGCAGGCGGGUCUCGGCCAGUGCAGCAGGCGCCUCCACACCGUGAUGCAGGAGCUGACGACGCUGAAGAAGCACGUUGACGACGUGGCGAAGGACGACAGGGCGCAGCAGAGCCUGAACGUGUCGCUGUCGGCGGGCCUGCGCGAGCUGAGGGACAAGCAGUUCCAGAUGGAGCUCGAGCUGGACGGCAUGAUGAAAGAGGUCGAGAACCGAGCGUCCGCCUGCGCCGUCGAGCUGAGCCGCGAGGUUGACGGCGUGAAGUCGCAGUUCAAGCGCAGCUUCGCAAAGGCGUGCGAGGCCUUCAACUGA